CUGGAGGUGAACUGGGAGGUGAUCCAGCAGCGCGGCCGUGACAGCGAGGAGAAGCGGGGCAUGGAUCUGAGACCGGAGCUUCCCACCGUCUCCUCGGCAUCUCAAGUCCACGCCGGGGCGGCGGCGGCGGCCGCGGCGGCGGCGGCGGCGGCGGCCUCCAUUCCGGUGUCCAUGGCCGGUAACCUCCUGCGUGGCCCUCCGCUCCUGCUGCGCGCCGCGGAGAAGUACCCUCGUACGCCCAAGUGCGCCCGCUGCAGGAACCACGGCGUAGUGUCGGCGCUGAAGGGCCACAAGCGCUACUGCCGCUGGAAGGACUGCAUGUGCGCCAAGUGCACGCUGAUCGCCGAGCGGCAGCGCGUCAUGGCGGCACAGGUGGCGCUGCGGCGGCAGCAGGCGCAGGAGGAGAACGAGGCCCGGGAGCUGCAGCUGCUGUACGGCACGGCGGAGGGACUCGCUCUGGCGGCCGCCAACGGCAUCAUACCCCCGCGUCCCAACUACGAGGUGUACGGCGCCGUCAACAACGACAGCAAUUCAGGUUGGUGCGAUUCAAGCAUCCAGAAGUUCGAGUUAUUCCCCAAGAGCCAGCUGUCCGGACCCGCCACCCCUCAGCAGAGUGCGGGGAAAACGGUGUCCACCGACAGCGAUUCGGCCCCGGGCAUCUCGUCCCCUGACGUCCGGCACGCGGGCUCGGGCUCGGAGAACGGGGACGGCGAAUCCUUCAUCAGUUCGCCGGUUUCCAAACCCUUGAAAGAUGGCGAGGAGACCCCCGGCUCCAUCAGCCCGCUGGGCUCGGACUCCGGCUCCGAGACGGACAAAGACGAGCAAGAGGCGUCUCCUCCGUCCUCCGCGGCGUCCAGACACAUGAACGCCAUCGACAUCCUGACCAGGGUCUUCCCCAGCCACAAGCGCAGCGUGCUGGAGCUGGUGCUGCAGGGCUGCGGCAAGGACGUGGUGCAGGCUAUCGAGCAGAUCCUUAACAACAGCGGCCCACACGGCGCCAACAAGGCCGGCCCGGACGACACGUGGACGACGGAACGGACGCUGCAAAGCGUCACCGCCUCCUCGCCCGCCAGGCCCAUGCUGCCGGGCGCCAUGACGCUGAGCAACCGCUCCGCCUUUUCCCCCCUCCAGCCCAACGCCCCGCACUUCGGCGCCGACCCCAGCAGCUACCCGCUGGGCACCCACCUGGGACUCAACCCGCUGCGGCUGGCCUACUCGGCGCACAGCCGCGGACUGGCCUUCAUGACGCCCUACUCCACCACGGGUCUGAUGCCUACCCUGGGCUUCAGGCCGCCGAUGGAUUACGCCUUCAGCGACCUCAUCAGAGACAGGACAAUCCUACACAAGGAGCAGAGCUAUGCCAGCGGCUUGUACGGCCCUCUGGUCAACAACACGCCGGACAAACAGUGA